GAGAGGCGCGCGCGCACACACAUCACUCGCGCCGCUUGCUCUUAACGUUAUCUCUCACGUCACUCAUGUCCCCAACGUCGACUGCUGCCUCCCGCCGCAGAGGAUCCGGAGGAGACGGGACUGCGGCUCAGGUGCACCGCUGGGAUUGAAGUUUUAUUUGUAUUUAUUUAUUUAUUUAUUUAUUUAUUUAUUUUAGCGCUAAGAGGAGGAGACAGGGAUAAACACUCGGCCGCGCAGGAAAGAUAGCGCCCUGAUUUUGUCGCCAUUGUCUCAUCCGUGAUGGGAUUGCUUCAGGAGCAACCUGCCGCCUAACCUCUUGAAGGAAUUCCUGUGAAAACUGCAWGAUCUAAAGGUCAAGAUGGACAGUAAAAAUGCAGCUUUUUUGCAAGAUUCCGGUGCUGCUCUAGGAACAUUGUAACUUUUAUGGCAUAAACUUUGCACUGUCAGAAGAUUCACAGCUGUCCUUUUUAAACUUUUUUAACACGUGACUGCUCCAAAAGAAGUAAUGGAGAUAGAAGAGAAGACGGAUGUAACACAACAAACACUUAAAGUAAAAGUAGAGCCAGAGGAAGAUACGGCGUCAUGCCAUACCUGUGGGGUCUGUGGUCGUAGCUUUCCUCUCCUCAGCUCUCUGUCUCAGCACAUGAGAAGACACACCCGGGAGAAGCCGUACAAGUGUCCCUAUUGUGAGCACAGGGCAGCUCAGAAGGGCAGUCUGAAGGCUCACAUUCGAAGCCAUAAACUGGGCCUUUUUAGUCAAAACUCCAGUGACAAGAAGGAGGAGGGAGAUCAAGAGAAGAAAAAUGUUCCUGAUAUCCCUGACCCCCAUGAAAUUAUCAGCACAACUGACAAAACUCAUACUAUCAACGGGAAGGUAAAGAAGAAAGCAUCUAAGAAAAAAGUGAAGACUAAAGAUGGUAUCAAGGUUGGUGAUGCGGCUGAUUCAGAACCAUUUUCCUGCACCAUCUGUGGCCAGGUUUUCCCUCAGGUAUUACUCCUUAAAUCCCACAUGAAACGACACCGUGGCUCCCAGGAUCAUGGAUGCCACAUUUGCGGAAGACGCUUCCGCCAAGCAUGGUUUCUCCAAAGCCACAUGCGCAUUCAUCGGGUCAAAGCGCAGCUCCAUGGCAGUAAAAGCAACGAACCUCCCGCUACCAUUAACGGGAUUCCCCAGGACCCAGCAUCACUGACAAAUGAAGAGUGCCUCUAUGAGCUCUGUGCCAGCUGUGGGAACUUUUUCUAUGACCGCAAGACCUUGCGGAAUCAUGAAAAACUACAUAAACUGAACCAUGGCCAUACCCAGAAUCCACCACACAAAGACGUGAAAGUCUCUGAGCUGCUUGUUGAUAAGAAGCAAUUUUUGGAAAGCUUGAACCUUACUACUACUAAGCCUAAAGAAAUACCUGUGGAAAGUAUUCUGGGUGGGCGAAUACUAGAGCUGGACCCAGUUUGUAGUUACCAAGCAUGGCAGCUAGCCACAAGGGGUCGACUAGUGGAGGCUGCAGAAAAAUGUCUGGGAUGGGAGGAGAGACUGGCUGAUGCAGAGGUGGCGUAUGACACAGAGAAAGGAGAGUAUGUACCCCUGAAGCCAGAGAAGAAGAGGAAGCAAAUCGACACCUCGCACUCCAACUUAAAGAAGAAGAAAGGCGAUACAGGCCUGGAUCACACAUCAAACACCUUGGGCAAUGGUAAAGGCGGAGACAAAAAGAUUUGUCAGAAGGACCGUAUUCUUUUAAAUGGACUUGGUCAUGCUUUUUAUGAGGCACUACAGAAAAAGACUGUUAAAGAUGUUCAACUCUCAUCUAAACCAAGCAAGAACUUCAGAAGCCAAGAGAAGGAAGAUCAAACAUCCUUCUUCUGCGAGCACUGUGAUUUCCACACUGUUGACUCCUCGCUGCUCACGUCUCACCUGUACAGUCAGCACCUGGGCUCCUACAGCAAACACAGCACCACUGUGGAUAAUGUCAGCAAAAGUGGGUCCAGAGCCUCAAGAUACAUGGACUACCUCAGAAGCAGGAGUUUGUUGCUCAGUCAGCCAUACUGGAAUCCCUGCACCCGCUCUCCUGGCCGGGAGUCGACAGAGGAAAAUGUCAAGACAGCAAUGUCUAACGGAGGUGAAGUCAAAGAGGAGGAACGUGCUGCUGGGGACACUAACAGUCUUCUCAAUCUUUCUUCACCACCUGUUACUGAUGGAAACAGUUAUUCAGUGAAAACAGAGGGUCUGGUGCGACAUCAGUGCCUAUACUGCUCCCACAAGACCACCUACCCAGAAGUACUUUGGAUCCAUCAGCGUGUUGCACACAAGGUAAAUGGCAACAGCUCUGUAGCGCCCAAGUGGGCACCCUGCAUAAACACUCUAAAAAGCUUAAAGGCUGGAGCGUCUCAGUGGAGGCGCACCGGACCACCCCCUUUUCUGGAAGGCAAGGACUGCCCAGCUUUACCCGCUCCUCGGACUCAGCGAACGCAGCCUCCCGGGGUCACGGCUCGCAGCAGCAGCAGUAGCAAGCACUUAACACCCAGGACCCAGUCCGGCAUCUCAAAGUCCAAGCAUCACUCAAAGGACUCCCGCUCUUCAGAUGGGACGCAGUCUGCUGGGAAGGUCAGCGUCCACGCUCAGAGGAGUUCCGGCGAACACAAGCGAGCAGCGGAGGGUGGGAGCAAAAGCUCCAGUGGCCACGCUACUUCUUUAAACAGUUCUGUGCACACCAAACGUCUGGACGGCUUUCUGCCUUCAAGCAGCCCCAAACACAGAGGCGACAGAGCUGCUGUGGAGGGGGUCUUCCCACAGGAAGGUUUGGGUUUCAUGCUGGCGAGAAAUCACAGCRGGGCUUCGUCAAACGCUGCAGCCAACAGAUCCCACUCCCGCAGGCAGUCAUGUGACUUUUCCUCAGGUCUUAAGAGUCCUGAUCUCUGGGCAGCCAUGAACAUGUGGGGGCCACAUGGGGCCAAAGCUUAUUCAGAUCCCCUCCUUUUUGCUCAGGGAAAGAGUGAAUCAAUGGGAGAGAUGCCAAAGGAUGUGGAUAUUUUGAGUUUCUUGAAGAACUACAGUCCCAGUGAUCUGGCGGCUCUUUAUCAACACUGGGGGUUCGUUGAUCCGAGACUUGAUCCACAAACAAUGCUGCAGUUAAACGGACAUUUUGGAAAUGAAGUCCAUUCCUCCUCUGAAAUUUCCAAACAAAUAAACAGUCACUCCGCUUCGUCUUCAGGGUCUCUUCAUAAAGGAACAUGAAGAAACGUUCUGUUCUUCUUGGACCCAGAAUCCAAACUGCUGAACAAAGAGACCUGCWGACAUUUAAAGGAACCGGCCAUGAUUCUUACAAAGACACAGAGAUGCUGGAUGAUGCACGGUAUAUGCAAAUCAAAGAGAGAGUGGACUCAUCUCAUUUCUGCUAACACCRUUGUUUAAUUUUGAAACGUUAUCCAAUUUCUUUGUUUCUGUUAAAUGUGUAAAUGUGUCAGCUACCAUACAGUAACAUACAGGAAUGUUCUUUGUUUUUUUUUUUUCUUACAUAAAUCAGAUGGAUCUACUGUAAAAAAGAAUAGAAAAAUACUGUUUGUUCCAAUUCAGGUGGAGAUAAAGCUGUGCUGAAAAUGUUUCCAUCAAUAUGACAAAACCAAAAGUUCUGAUGAAUGAUGUCACUAAAACAUUCAGAAACUCAAAAAUAUUAUUACCAGCUGUAUAUUAAUGUAACCUUUCAGUUAGUUGUUGCUUUUUCUUGUAAAAAUGUCUUAGUUUUUUAUUAUUAUUACAAUUAUUUACUUAAAUAUUAAGGGUCUUGUUUUCGGUUCAGUUUGUUAUUGUAAACCCAUUCAGAAUUAAAGUUAAACUAGAGUCACUUUAGUUUUUAUUACAAUAUUUUUUGAGUUAACGUGCCAGUUUUUGUUCAGUCAGCAUUUAUCCAUGACUUCCCUGUGGAAAGCACACUCUCAGUACUGUAUGUUCAGGUGAGUAAAGUGCUGUGGAUGUUCAGAAUUACUUUUGAGUUCAAAAUGUUUUUUAAUGACUGCCACCCUCAAACUGUGUUGAACUCAAACUCAAGAUUUUCACACAGAGACAGAAAAGUUUUGUAAUGUCGCUUUCUUAAAGCCACACCCAUAUUUAUCUCAUUUUAACUGAUUUUUGCUUAAAUUGAUACCAAUUAUGUAGCAGGUUUGCAAAAACGUAGCCUGAAAAAGUCCCCUGCUUCAUAAAUUCUAAUUGAAGUUAUAAAUUCAGUGUUUUCCCCUUUAUAUUCGUAUAAUUUCUUCCUUCACAGUGUGCUAACAGUGUAAAUUUUUCAGGCUGUUCAUUCUGUAGAAGUAGAAAACGUAGCGAUAAGAUUUUCUACUGACUGUGCUCUUACACACACCUAGUCAAGCUACUAGAAAUUAUUUGUUCGACAGUUUCAAUGAUUCUCCUACAUCUGUUUGUUUUCUUGUGUUUUCACUUUGCAGGUUUUGUUUAGUAUAUUUCCAUUCUAGCAACGUGUCUCCAGUGUGUUCAUCUUCCAUAGAGAAAUAGUCUAUGCAUCGAUACAAAGCCAUAAACUUCUGAUUCUUGGAAUAUCCAGGGAAUAAAUGAGCUGUUUAUUACUGGAGUCUUGACUUUGAUCCAUGUGGAUUUUUUUGAUAAAUAUUGUAAAUGAUAGUUUUAUUUAACAGUCUUUUGUUUGUUUUCUAAGAAUGAAUUUAAAGCACCCAUAAGUACUUGAUGUUCGUAGUGGGAGAAGAUGUUAAAAACUAGCUUUUAGGAGCGCUACUGAUGUCAGAGUUGGGGGUAGAGGGUGGGAUAUGUUCCUGCAACAGGGUUCGCUGAGCCUGGCUUUAGAUUUCGCAGCAGUUUAAACCUGAAGGUUUUAUGCAAGCCUCGAGCUUUAAAACAGAAUUCUUGUAACUAUGAUGUAAACACGUUUCAUAGUUGGUAAUUAUGUCGGUACAAGAAUUUAUAUUUUCACCAAGUUUACUGUUUGUCUGACUGUAAAAAUGGUUCAAAUAAAGUUGUUGGAUAUCGA